CAGACAAGAAAGGUUGGUGCAGGGAUUCGGAUGGCCGUAAUUUGUAGGUGUGUCAAAGUGGAUGGGAUGGAAUAAUGCGGUUGAAGUGUCGAACGGUGACAUCGCACGUGAUAAGCCGCAGCUCAUCAGCACGGAGGACGGACCCUCGCCGCGGCUCGAGAUAAUAGAGGCGGAGCCCCGAUGAGCAGAGCCUUGUAGCAGUUGCGGUGGUGAAGGAAGGCAGGAAGGUAGGAAGGUAGGGAAGGGACCUCGGAUGCGCGCGUGGCGGAGGGCUGCGGCCCCGUGAGACGCGAGUGCCCGCGCGCGUACCCCGGUCGGCGGCGCCCGGCCGCCCGGCCGCCGGAACAUGUGGAACAUGAUGUGCGACGUGAUGCCGACCAUCUCGGAGGACAGCAUCAGCCAGCGGAGCUCGCAGUUCUCGGGGGAGGACGCCAACUUCGAGCAGCUGAUGGUGUCCAUGCUGGACGAGCGCGACAAGCUGAUGGACAGCCUGCGCGAGACGCAGGAGCGCCUCACCGACACGGAGGUGAAGCUGGCCGAGGUGGAGAAGGAGCGGGACUCCCUGCAGCGACAGAUCUCCGCCAACCUGCCGCAGGAGUUCGCGACGCUCACCAAGGAGCUGAACCAGGCCCGCGAGCAGCUGCUGGAGCGCGAGGAGGAGAUUGCGGAGCUCAAGGCAGAGAGGAACAACACGCGGCUGUUGCUGGAGCACCUGGAGUGCCUGGUGUCGCGGCACGAGCGCUCUCUCAGAAUGACCGUGGUGAAGCGCCAGGCGGCCGCGCAGUCCGGAGUCUCCAGCGAGGUGGAGGUGCUCAAGGCCCUCAAGUCCCUCUUCGAGCACCACAAGGCCCUCGACGAGAAGGUGCGGGAGCGCCUGCGGGUGGCCCUGGAGCGGGUGGCCACCCUGGAAGAGGAUCUCACAGCUACCAAAGACGAACUGCAGCAGUACAAACUGGGGCGCGCCAUCGCGGCCACGGACAACGGCAAGCCCAAGGAGAGCACGCAGACGGACGCUCCGCUCACAGACGACUCCAAGCAGGCGGAGCUGUCCAUCCUCGGCCAGCUGCCCAAGCGACUGUCGAAUGGGGCCAUCGAGCCGGACUCCGACAUGGCCAGGGUCAUCGAGCUGCAGGACACGGUGGAGAAGCAGACGACGGAGCUGGGCGCGUGGCAGCGGCGCGUGGCGGAGCUGACGAGCCGCGUGGCGGAGCUGGAGGACAGCCUGGCCAAGACCCAGAAGGAGCUGCUCAAGGCGCAGGAAGGCAACGUGAAGCUGCAGCGCGACCUGCGGGAGAACGUCGCACAGAAGGAGGACCAGGAGGAGCGCAUCGCCACGCUGGAGAAGAGGUACCUGAACGCGCAGCGCGAGUCCACCUCGCUGCACGACCUCAACGAGAAGCUGGAGCAGGAGCUGCAGCACAAGGAGGCGCAGCUCAAGCUGCAGGAGGAGAAGACGCGCGCCAUCCAGGAGAAGCUGGAGCUGUCCGACCAGAAGCUGGCGCAGUUCGCCAAGCUGCCCGAGAUGGAGGAGGAGCUGAAGAUACGGAUGGAGGCCCUGACCCAGGUGAGGGGCCAGGCGCAGGAGCGGCACGGCUCGGCCGAGGACCGCAUACAGCGGCUGGAGGCUCAGCUGGAGGAGAAGAGCGCGGAGCUGGUGCGGCUGAACCAGCGCCUCAAGAUGAACGAGGAGCACAACGCCCGCCUGUCGUCCACCGUCGACAAGCUGCUGUCGGAGUCCAACGAGCGGCUCCAGGUGCACCUGAAGGAGCGCAUGCACGCCCUGGAGGAGAAGAACGCCCUCACUCAGGAGCUGGAGAAGACGAGGAAGAUAGCGGAGGACCUGCAGGCGGAGAAGUCGGAGCUGGUGAAGGAGCUGGGCAAGGCGCGCAUGGAGAUCGACAACGUCAAGCGGCAGAUGCUGCAGCAGGAGAUAGCCUUCAACAUCCAGCAGACGGACGCGCUCACCAGGAGCCUGUCGCCCAGCGCGGCCGACCCCAGCGGCUUCGUGCGCAGCGCCAGCCACACGAGCUUCGACGCCCACUCGCUGCCGCGCCGGCCGCCCAAGCCGCGCGUCUCGGCGCUCGAAGAGGAGGCCACCAAGGAGUGGGAGAAGCUGCAGCAGGCGCACGUGCUGGCCAACGUGCAGCAGGCCUUCGACGUGUCGAGCGACGCGGAGGGAGACGACAACGACAGCAUCUUCAGCGCGGCCGAGAUCCUGUCCCCGUCGGGCCACACGGACGCGCAGACGCUCGCCAUGAUGCUUCAGGAGCAGCUGGACGCCAUCAACAACGAGAUCAGGCUGAUCCAGGAGGAGAAGCAGUCAACGGAGGCCCGGGCGGAGGAGCUGGAGUCGCGCGUGGGCUCGCUCGAGCAGAUGAACCUGCUGGUGCGCGGACGCAGCUUCGAGCGCUCGUCCCCGCCGCUCAGCGGCCGCUCGACGCCCCGAUCGCACCACUCGCCCCAGCGCGACUACCUCCACAAGUACCACACGGCGCCCGCGUCCAUGUCGCCGGCGCACCUGCACCAGUUUGCCUCAACACUCAGUCCGGGCCAGCUCUCCGAGUCUCUGCCCGCUAGUCAGUUGCAGUUGGCGCCCCUGUCGACGGAGCUGUCCAAGGAGGAGCUGGCGACGGCCGGCGACAGCAGCGGUGCUGCCAGCCCGCUGACCGCGCGCUCCCUGCGGCUCGAGCGCGUCGCGCAGGCGCUUGCGCAGAGUCAGGAGGAACUGCGCAGGCGCGCGGGGUCCCCGGCGGGCGUGCCCGCUGCCAGUCUCCUGCCCAGCAGCCAGGACUCGCUGCACCGGGGGCUGGCGGGGUCCGGCCCAGCGGGAGCCCAGCCCAUGUCCGCAGCCGCAGCCGCCGCGGCCGCCGCGCAGAAGAAGAAGGGCAUCAAGUCCUCGCUGGGCCGCUUCUUCAGCAAGAAGGAGAAGGGCAAGGUGAAGGAGCAGUCGGCGGGCGACGCAGCCGUGAUGGCCGCCUCGUACGGAGACGGGGACGUCUCGGCGGACACGCUGAGCCUCAGCGGGGGGCUCGGCCAGAAGGGAGACUUCGACCGCAGGAAGAAGAAGAAGCACGAGCUGCUGGCCGAGGCCAUGAAGGCCGGCACGCCCUUCGCGCUGUGGAACGGACCGACCAUCGUGGCGUGGCUGGAGCUGUGGGUGGGGAUGCCCGCGUGGUACGUCGCAGCGUGCCGCGCCAACGUCAAGUCGGGCGCCAUCAUGAGCGCGCUCAGCGACACCGAGAUACAGCGUGAAAUAGGCAUCAGCAACCCCCUGCACCGGCUGAAGCUGCGCCUCGCCAUCCAGGAGAUGGUGUCCCUGACGAGCCCCUCCGCGCCCAAGACGUCGCGCACCACGCUGGCCUUCGGCGACAUGAACCACGAGUGGAUCGGCAACUACUGGCUGCCGUCGCUGGGACUGCCGCAGUACCGCACCACCUUCAUGGAGUGCCUGGUGGACGCCCGCAUGCUCGACCACCUCAACAAGAAGGACCUGCGCGGCCAGCUCAAGAUGGUGGACAGCUUCCACAGGACCAGCCUGCAGUACGGCAUCUCGUGCCUCAAGAGGCUCAACUACGACCGGAAGCAGCUGGAGGACCGGCGCAAGGCGUGCGAGAACGAGCUGGCGGACGUGCUGGUGUGGUCCAACGAGCGCGUCAUUCGCUGGGUCUCCGCCAUCGGCCUCAAGGAGUACGCCAACAACCUGCUGGAGUCGGGCGUGCACGGCGCGCUGGUGGCGCUGGACGAGGGCUUCGACCACAACAGCAUGGCGCUGGCGCUGCAGAUACCCACCCAGAACACCCAGAUGCGGCAGAUGCUGGAGCUGGAGUUCGCCACCAUGCUGCAGGUGGCCACGGAGAGGCGGGUGGAGGCCGAGCUGCCCAAGUCCUGAUAUUACACCACUCGCCACCCGCACUCCUAGGAAGAUGGGCGUCCCCCCCUCCACGGACGCCCGCCACACGUACCCACAUAUAUGACAUAAAAAAAGAGAGCUUUAAAAGUUUAUUGUAUGAAUAUGAAAUGUGCAUUAAUCGUGUUGAGUCUUCAGUGCCAUUGUUAACCAGUCGAGAUAUUCCGCUUAACCUCGGUCGGGUGUCGAGUGUUCGUCGUCGUGCGCGGCGAGUUACGAUCACGUUACGACUUACGAGUCCUAGGGUAAUAAUUAUACGACGUGUAUGAAAUAUUCUAGUUAAUUAUUGAAAUGGUUACCAAAGUGAAACUGGUGUGCAAAGCUUUUUUUUUUUGCCAGUUUGUGUGUCUGUUUUUUCUAUAUGAUUGUACAAAAUGUUGUUGCGAGUAGAAUCAAAAGAGGAGUAAAUGUUAGGGAAAGUGGAGCGAGGUAGGUUUUGUCGUAGCUCUUCACAAACUCCAGUAUUAUUUUCUACGAGUUGAUGAAAUUAUACUUACUAUCCUCUUCUUAGAAGACUGUAAUUAGCGUGCUCGCGACGGACCGAGCUGGUCGUGCGUUACGUGAUGUCGUAUCGGAGAGUGCCGCAGUCAUGUUACCAACACGAACUCUCCAGGUCUUUCUUUCCUUGCGUCACUCACUCUUCGUUUCGUUCGUCAUUGUUUGUAUGCAUUGCCCUCUACACAAUUGCAGUCGUAACAUUGUGAAGAUGUUGUAUUUUGUAAAAUAACUGAUAGUCACUUUCAGAGAUUUUUAGUUUAGAAUAAAUUAUUUUUGCCAUGUAGAAAAGCUGGGAAACUGAUGACAGGAGCCUUAGAAUGUUUACACGACUUACAAUUAUUUUAGUUAUCUUUAAAGAGCUUGGCCCUAAACGCAGUAGUAUAUUUUGAUAAAUUAACACCCAAUCAACUUACAAUUUACGUGGUUUUUGUUACCCAUUGUACUUUAUGUUUUAAAUGUUGUUGUUAUAACUCACAUGGGAAAUACUAGUGAACUGAUAACAGAAUCGUACGUUUUAAAUAUGUAUGUAAAUAUGUAUAUGUUAGUGUAGUGAAACAACUUGAGUCUGAUAUCCGUGAAGGAAUUAACAAAUCCCCACUCAAUAGAGGAAGAGCGGUGGGCUGGUGGGGUCAUCGCAAGUCAGCAGCCUGGGUGCAGAGUGCUGUCGACAGUUAGGAAGUGCGGAAAUGGGGCGGGGAGGGGGGAAUGGGCCGCCUCACACACCCUCCCGUAGUAAACAGACAAAGAAGAGCUGAGAGUCAACGCCAGUUCCGUAUUUCUUACUCGCCAGUCAUCUGAGAAACAAACUUGAAUUCAUGGAAUCUAGUGAAGUCAGAUAUAUGGGACGACCCUUGCGGUGAAAAUGUUAUGUUUGUUUGUCCAAAAUGAAAGAUGCAACCCAUACACAGAGCCAACCCUUCUGCAGGUAAAUACGGUAGUUUUCAAUUAAACAAAAGGGAUUUCACGCAGUCAAAAGGUAGCAAAAUUGUUGAAACUUGUCACAAUCUUUUAACCGUUUGACGAUUUACCAUUGGCAGUCUUUUAUCACAGCAGAUUGAAUGUUUCAAAACAUUAGACAUAGGAUUGACCAUAAGGGACUAGUUUAUCAAUUUAUCGUUGGCGUGCAGUGUAUCGCGUGGAGCCCUGAUCGUCCUGAAUGAAGUGGCUCGUCGAGGUACAGUCUGGUGAAACCACACGUGAGCAGGUGAUUCAUACUGUUUGCCGGUGAGGGCAUCGUAGGCAACAUCAGUAUGUUCUCUGAAUUUAUUAGCAGGAUACUGAUAGCUAGCACAUGUUAUGAUUCAGAGAAUUUGACGAUUGAAGAAUCUGUUGAGGUCUUUGAACUACUUGAUGUUUUUGGAACGCUUAGAAUAAACAGCUGAGAAAGUGGGUUACUGGGAAAUUAAUUUUUCGUAAAGAAAACCACUAGAAAUGAACUUCAAACUAAUAUUACCACAAGCCAAACUGUAUGGACAUCUCAAGUUUUAAUGUGGCGCCAUUUUGGCCCGGCUCCAGUGCUCCUGGUGACCACCAGACAGACUUGGUGCUUGAGCGUCAUUGGCUGUUUCGCUGUUUCCAGCUUGUAUUGCGCUGCCAGUAACUAGUGUCAGAAUUAAACAUUCAUUUUGUUUAUAAGAUGAAGUAUGAAAGUUACAUCAAGUAAAUGCGUUAGCAAUUUCAAUAAUUAUUUUUCUCUGGUCUGGUCACGGUCACGAGGCUAAACGCGGGUAGGUAUUGUACGAGGAUGACCUCGUGACCUCGGUGGCGAAGGGUGGCAGCGUUGAGUGUGAUACAAGUUUGUUGUUACCACCAGUUAAUAAAUUGUUAAAUAUUUUUAGUUACAGGUGACUAGUAGAUUAUUUGAAAGCCAGUAAAUAAUUUGAGUAAUGGUUAACAAUAUGCGUGCCUCUGGUGUGAGACUGAUCACAAAGGCAUCACAAUUAUUCGACGAGGCAAGGAACUAACCUAACCCAUCCUUGACGGACCUUGUUCGCCUGUGAGCAUUAGCUGCGACCCGACUGCCUCAAGUCCCUGUGCUUACGAGAGCAACAAGCACAUGUGUACCAUCUGUGGCAGGCUGGCAAGCUCCCGACAUUCCACAUCACAUCACAUCACAUAAACACAACACAUAUGCGUAGUCACACGGGCCUUGGCAGGUGUAUGAUCAUUGAUCACACAUCUUCUGUCUAGGGUGUGUACGGUGUACAGAAUUUUUAGGUCAGAGUUUACUUAAUCUUUGUGCCAAGUUAAUUCUUCAGAAAAAAAAAUUCUCUCUUUUUUUUUUAAAUUAAUUUUUAUCAUUUUUGUCCCAGUUACAAGCUCUUAAAGUUGUUGGGAGCAGUUGAACGUAAUUCAGUUACUAAUUCCCGUGUACGUUACAACAGGACGCGUGUGAGUAGACGCGCGCUCCUCGCGGUGUGUGCUCUAGUGUCCCAGCAGGCUGCUCCGAGGCAUCAGUUCCCAGCUUUCUUACCUCCUGUAGCGGGCAGGCCGACAUUCCACACCACAUCGCUGUGACAAGUGUAGUCAACAACGUUUCAAACUGUGUAAAAAAGUUAAAACUCUGUGGGUCGUUUAUCUUACGAGGAAGGAAAAAAAAAAAAUCAAACCAACUCUGUUAACCAAACAUUUGCUCAUCAUGUAAUUUGUGAAUUGCAAAAUUUAUUACUCUGUUUGAAAAUGCAUACAAUCCACUUACUUGUGUACUUUUAGUUGACAUUUGUGUUAUUCUGUGCCUAGUUAUAAAAUUUUAAAGAUUUUUGUUCAGCUGUUUCUAGAAUUGAGUCCUUAAAUUUUAUAUUUCAACUAUUCUUGUCAUGCAUACAAAGAGUAUGGUGUGUUCAUUUGUGAAAUUUUUAAGUUAAGCAUUUCUUUAGUUUUUAAAGUGUGUUUCUGGCCCGCAUGCAUUUGUACAGAUGUACAGAUCGUGUACAGCGAAAGGAGUCAACUCGACUAGGAACGAAGGCAUAUCCAGUUAAGAAAACGUAGGCAGUUGCAAUGAUAAGAAUGAAUAUUAUAUUAAAGUUGUUGGUGUAUGCACUGUGUGUAUGUAUAGCUGUUGAUUUCUGUAUUAUAUGGGACCGAAACAUAUUAUAUAGAUAUGGAUAUGUACUGUAUAUUAGAAUUGUCUGUUCAUCUUGAAUCCAGGGUUUAUAAACACUCCAGUCGAUUGUAGUCUCGUCAACUACAGGUGCUAACUCUCGCGCCUCGCCCGGGCUGGCACGACCAAGCCAGGCCGGGCAGCGAAGGACUGUGAUUGGCCGAUUGCAGGGACAAUACUAGACCACACUGUUAAUUUAAAAAAAAGUUCAAUCUAGUCUGGUGCAGGAAGCUGCAAUCUCACAACUAGCUAUGUAUUUAUUAUAUUUUCUUUGUUUAACUUAGUUUGGUCGGGUUGCCAACAGUCCCGAGUGAUGGUUCAGUGUUGACUGCGUCGUCAAGUGCAGUCUUGUUGUUGGCAGAGGAGACCUUUAUCUUACUGAUUAAACUGUAGACAGAUAA